UAAUAAUUAAAAACUAAAAAAAUAUUGUUGAUAUGGGUUCUUCUAAUCUGUUGUCGAUUGUAGUUACUAUUUCUCGGUUACUUUGCUACUUUUCUUGUAGAGCUAAAAUAUGGAUAGAAGCUUGCAACAGGAGUGAUAUUUUGGAAAAAAAAACUAAAUACUAUAGGCUGUGCGAGCUGCAUUUUGAAGAACAAUAUUUUUCAAAACUUUCUACUGAAAGAAAGCGCUUGCUUCCUAAUGCUAUCCCAACCAUAUUUAGUAACAUUGUCCCACGAGUUAAUGGAAAGGAAACACCUUCAAAGAAUGAAGAAAUUCCAUCGAAGAAAAUAAAAAUUCUCGCAGAUAUAAUGUUUAAGCCAGCUUCAGAGAAUCCAGUGUCUGACACUGAGUGUCCAACCCACUUCAUUCAAGAUACGCCUUCUACACCUACAAGCCAUAUGCAAGUUUGCUCGCCAAAUUAUUUUCAAGGUCCAAGUACUUCAAAAGAAGUGCAAGUUGAGCCUCAAAUUCCAUCAAGCCUAUUUUGCUCGUCCAAUUAUUUUCAAGGUCCAAGUACUUCAAAAGAAGUGCAAGUUGAGCCUCAAACUCCAUCAAGCCUAUUUUGCUCGUCCAAUUAUUUUCAAGGUAAGAUAUUAAAUUGA